AUGCAAUUCAAGACCAUCGCUACCCUCUUCGCCCUUGCUGCCAUCGGCGCCACCCAGGACAUCGACUACAACGAUGUUCCUGCCCCCUGCCGGGCCGUUUGCCAGCCCGUCGUGACCCUGACGACCGACUGCGACCGCCGCACCGAAGACGACAACGACAACGGUGCCGCCUACCGCAAUUGCAUCUGUCAGGCCCCUAAUGCUCGCAACGACGUGCCCAAUUGCGCGGCUUGCGUUGCUGCGAAUGGAGGCACAGACUUGGACGAUAACGACGAUACUACGCCUGAGAAUGACGUCAUCGACAUCGUCCGCACCUGCAACUUCCCCACCGCCUCCACCUGGACCAGCACCGGUGCCGUCGCUUCUCCCCCACCGCCUCCACCUCCACCUCCUUCUUCUCCUCUCCCUCCCCCCGCCGCUCCCACCACCACGACAUCCCGCCCGCCCGCACCGCCAGCAGCUCCCACCAGCACUUCGAGCAGCAGCAGCAGCAGCAGCACUUUGAGCACCUACAGCACUCCGAGAAUCAGCACUCCGGGCACCUACAGCUCCUACAGUUCCUACAGCACCCCCACCAGCAGCGUUGGAAACUAUACGACGCUGCCCACUACCGAAACGAGCGUCACAACCGCCGCCCCUACCGGCACUGGUGGUGAUGAUGAGCCAGUGCAGUUCACCGGCGCUGCGGCGCCGCUCCAGACGGCUGGGGCGGCGGUCAAGUACUUCGGCCUCGCUGUGCUGGCUGGCUUGCCUGUUGUGGUCUUCUAA